ACGGAAGAAUACCAAUAUCGUAAAUUAUUGCGAAGCAUCUUGUUCGGUAUAAAUGAUAAUCUAGAACCUUGUAUGAAAUAUGAUACAAAUAUUUAUUACAAAUUUUUGAUUCCUCCAUAUAACGCUAGUAAUAAGAUGUACAAAAGUUUUAUUAGUGAAAGUAUGGAGUAUAAUGAUAUGGUCGAAUUUCAACACCUAUUGGAUUCAAAUGUGAAUUAUACCCAAGAAGUUGUUCUUAAUUGGACUCAAUCGCUAAAAAACUCUGGCAUAUCAUUUGAUCUUGCUGUACUUCUUGACAAUCAAUCCAUCAUGAAUCUCGCAAGACUUAAAAAAGUCAUUUCCAAUAUCUCUCCAAUUCAACUCCAAAAUAUUGUAUGGAGUCGAUUUGAUGAUUCAUUUGCUGAUGAUAUGUUCGUAAUUCUUGGCAGUAAAGCCAUUCACACCAUCCUAUCUAAUAAAGAUCUCAUCCACAAAUCUGAUAAUCAAAACAUAAUCACACUUGCUUAUUUAUAUACAAAAAGUAAACGUCAAACUCCUUCAAACA